GUCCGGAAGUGACGCGAGGCUCCGGCUGCAGGCUGGACGCCCGCAUUCUCUCAGGGCCGCACCCUGAGUCAACCCCGGGCAGCAUGGCUCUGCAACUUUUGCUCCUGCUCGUCUUGCAGGCCGGGAGCUGGGCUGAGAUGAGCCUCGCGGAUCUGGAGCUGUCUUCGGCUUCCACCAUCCUAACAAAAUCCCAGGAGAAGGCUCUGAUUGGCAUGCUUGGGUCAGGCACCAGAUUGCCGGGGAAGGACCAUGUUGCAGGAGGUGGCGGUAGGGGAGUUUCCAGAAGAGAAAUAUUCCUGAAGGAAGUACAGGUGCUAGGCCAACAAAUGCCGAUACCAACCAAUAUUAAAAUUGAGGCCUAUAACUUUAAUACUGUCCUAUUUUGGGACUACCCAACCAUGCCACAGACCCCUGUUUUUACUGUACAGGUAAAGAACUAUGGGGAAGCAGUAUGGAUUGAUGCCUGCAAUACCUCUCAUCAUUAUUGUAAUAUCUUUUCUGUAAUUAAUGAUCCAUCACUUUCUCUCUGGGCGAGAAUUAAAGCUAGGCUUGGACAAAAAGAAUCAGCCUAUGCAGAGUCAAAAGAAUUUAUUUUAUGUAAACAAGGGAACAUUGGACCACCUGCAGUGGGUAUCAGAAAGAUGGGAAACCAAAUCAUCAUUGACAUAUUUCACCCUUUAACUAAUAUAAGUGGAAGAGAGCCAGUACCCAUCUAUGAUGAAAAUAAUUGUCACAUAUUCAUGUACACGGUGGAUUUGAGAAUAAAUGGAAGUAAGACCACGUAUAAAAUGAAAGUAGAGGAGGAAAAUGAUUGCAGUGAGACUCAGUGCCGUCUCGUGGUCCCCGUGUCCUCCCUGAAUUCUGACUACUGUGUUUCAGCAGAAGGCGAGUCCAAAGAUUGGCUUGUUAAAACUGAGGUGUCCAAAGAACUUUGUAUCACCACGUCUGAUGAUAACCGCAUGGAAGAUUCUGUUUGGAUUCCAAUUGUUGCCGUUCUCCCACUUUUUCUAGUACUUAUCCUGGUAUUUGUAUAUUGUUACACUAAGAAGAUGAAUCCGUGUAAGAGGGAGAGCAUCAUGUUACCCAAGUCCUUGCUGUCUGUGGUAAAAAAUGCCUCUUCAGAGACAAAAUCUGAAUCAAAAUGUGUAUCACCCAUCACCUACCAGCCAAUUGCCCCAGAAAAUGAGAAGAUGAUCUGGGAAGAGCACUUGUCUCCAGCAACACUUGGUACGCCCACUGAAGACAACCUAGAAAAAACGGAACACCGAGAAGAUGUUUCCAGUGAAAUAGAAGUGGUGACCGCUGAAGAAAAUACUUCUGACAUGGCUCCUGGUAGCCCUCUGACCCCAGGAAUGAGAGAGAAUUCUGUCCAUCCAAAUAGUAACCAGUCUGAACCCUGUGUCGUCACCUUAAACUCCUAUCACUCCAGAAAUGGUUCUGAUAGUGGCGUUGUGGAAUCCGACAGCUUCUUAUCUGACUCAGAAUUUUCCCCAAAUAAUAAAACUGAACUAAAGACCGAAGGACAGGAGUGCGUAGUGCUGAGAAACACUACCACCUCCUUUGGUUACGACAAGCCGCAUGUGUUAGUGGAUCUGCUUGUGGACGAAGGUGGUAAGGAAUCCUUGAUUGGUUAUAGACUGACGGCAGAUUCCAAAGAGUUUUCCUAAGGGCAACGAAGAUGUUACAGCUUUGAAGGAUUGGCUUUUCCCAAACAGGUUUUCUGCUUUGAUUUCACAAAAGGAUCAUUCUUUGAAAAAUUGUAUCUUUGUCGCUAUUAACCAAGUAAGAGUAUCUGGGUUUACAUAAAUUGCCAAGAGCCUCUUCAGCACUGUUACAUUUGGUCUGAAAACUGCAAAGGCUUUGAAAAAACAAACCAUUGUCACAUUUGAAAUUUUCCAUCUAGGUGGGCUGUUAGUUAACAGUGAAAACUCUUAAGAACCCUGCUUCUUAUGAUAGUAGGUGAGAUACCCCAGGGUCCUUUCUAAUCACUUCCAAGACCUAGAAUAGAUUUUUUUUCUUUU